CAUAACUUUCAACAAGUAACCACAUUGAUAAGAGACUAUGAUGAAGUAAGCAUAAAUCAACACGAAAAACCCCAACCGUCUUGACCAAAUUCUCAUCGGUGACACAUAUACGCUACGCGGAAGAAGGAUUGACUGACUAUUCACCACGAAAAUUACACAAUUCAUAUACAAUUUUCUUGCAGAAAAGUAUAACCCAAUUCACCUAGAAAACCCACAGAAAUCAAGCCCUAAUUUCAAUUUCAUCACUACAAAAACCCUAAUUUUCUAAAUUGUUGUAAAAAAUGGGUUUACAGCAAUCAAAGGACGAGCUUUUGUAUCAACAAGUGAGUAAUGGCACCACUGAAGGGGUCAGAAAGCUUCGAAGCGAAGGUGCUGGCCUUGAGUGGACGGAUAAGGAAGGAAAGACUCCUCUGAUAUUGGCUUCCAUGACUCCACAAAAGUACGAUGUUGCGAAAACAUUGAUAGAAUUUGGUGCAAAUGUAAACGCCUAUCGUCCAGGUCGUCAUGCCGGAACCCCUUUGCAUCAUGCUGCACAAAGUGGCCUAUGGCAGAUGGUUAAUCUACUGCUUUCACACGGUGCUAAUGCAUUGGCGAUGAAUGAUGACUGUCAAACUGCACUUGAUGUCGCAAGAAUCAAGGGAUAUAGUAACAUUGUUCGUGCAAUUGAGAGCCAUCUCUGCUUAUUCUCGGGUUGGCUGCACGAGGUAUACGGGCCAGGCUUUCUUGAACUUCUUGCUCCUCAACUACUUACUAGAAAAGUGUGGGUAGUUAUAGUACCAUGUGUAUCUCGUAAACAUACAAAGCCUUUGCAGUUGGAACUUGCUAUAUAUUCUACUUUACAGGAUGCUAAACCGCGCACGAUUAUGGCACUAUGGAAGGCUAACAUGGAUGAAUCGAAUCUUAACCAGCCCAAUCCUACAGUGAUCAUUUCUAGUUCCAAGAUCCCAAAACGUUGGAGGCGGAAAAGAGGCAUAUUGCACUCCCAAGUUAAGCAGUCACGCAUCAAACUUGCACCAGUUAACGAAAAUCAAAAGCAGCAAUUUAAGCAGUUUUGCAAUGCUUGCAAAGGAAUUCCUCAGGUUACGCAUCCCGCAAUUACAUUUAACAACCAAGGCUCUAACGUUGGACCGCCUGCCCAAACAACACCAGAGGUUCGUGAGUCGGCUCUGCCUGUUAAUGCCGCCUUCCAAUCUGGCUCGGAAGUGAGGCCCACGGCUCCUAACGCCUACACCGCCUCUGGCUCAGCCUCAACCAUCACCACCCAAAACGGUGAAACUGCAGCCCCUAUCAGUUAUCAUCCCCACUCGGAUACCAACACUUAUUCUCAAAUUGUACCGACCGCACCUAUUAAUAUUGUUACACCACCCUCGGUCCCAUCAGCACCACUAUUGCCAGAAAUGAUGGAUGAUGGUCCGGUUCACUACCCAUCAAUUGAUUCCAACCCUAAUGAUCAAUCUGAGAAGGAGAAAAAUGAUAAUGAUUCUUCAUCGUGUGUUAUAUGUUUGGAUGCACCGGUUGAGGGAGCGUGCAUUCCUUGUGGUCACAUGGCUGGAUGUAUGACAUGUUUGAAUGAAAUCAAGGAUAAGAAUUGGGGUUGCCCUGUUUGUCGAACCAAGAUUGAACAAGUCGUGCGGCUUUAUGCUGUUUAAGGAACCGGUGAAAAUAAUAUAUGGCUGCUGUUGAAGAAGUGGAAAAUGUUGAAGCUGAUCAAUAUUUCUAUAACCUUUAAAAGUUUUGGCAUGUUAAUGAAGUAAGCUCCAUGUUGUCUUUCCUUUUUGUGAUUAUGAACACUCCAAAGGGUAAGAAUUAAGAACUAUGUGCUAAUAUCUCUGGACUUUGGAACACAUCCUUUGCUCUGUCCUGUCUUAAAAAUGAGUAAAACAAGUAAAUAUUGUGUAUAUGAGUUAAAUAUUAAUAAAAUUGUGGUAUUUAUGUGAA